CCAGGCCCACCUGGGCCCACUUGCCCGCCGAAAACUGAUUCACAAAAAUUUAUCCAGGGGUAACUGUCUUUAUAGUCUUCAGUCAACGGCAGCGUGUGUCAGGGGGCUAGUGGGUGUGUUCAUAGUGACAGUUCAUAAAAAAUGGCGCUAGUGUGUGUGUUCAUAAGUGACAGUUCAUAAAAAAUGGCGCUAGUGUGUGUGUUCAUAAGUGACAGUUCAUAAAAAAUGGCGCUGGUUCGCAUCGAGGACGGUGAUCCGUGGCUCACCGAAUAUGAGUCGUGUGAUAAGCUGUUCAGAGAGAUUAUGGAACAGUUGACACUUCGCAACAGGGAAUCACGAACGUCUCAGAAUUAUGCCAGUUUGUCAGCUAAUAUUCGCCUGCGCAUGAAGCAGUACAGCGGAGAGGUAGAGCAACUGAAAAGUAAGGUCGAUGAGGACUUUAAAAUGCGAUCGAUAACUAGGGAAGAAGCUGAACGAAGAUGGCGUCAGAUCGAACAGCUGCAAAGCAAAGACGUGCAGCUUCAGCAGCUCUACAAUGCACGCAGCAGUAGCCUCGCCUCUGAUCGAGCCAGACUCAUGCAACCCAAUUCUUCAGCUUUUGCCGAUAUGGGAACGACCAGCUGGGGACUAGAAGAAGACGACGAUCAGCCUAUUGACAUUCAAGUAUCUGUCGAAGAUUUGAAAGUUCAAAAGUUACGACUUUUGCAAGAACAAGAUGAAGGUCUGGAAGCAUUGUCAAAAGUUAUUUCUCGACAAAAGGAUAUCGCAAACACCAUUAAUAAUGAAGUCGAUCAUCAGAAUGAAAUAAUCGAUGAUCUGGCCGAUCACAUGGAGAGGACCGAUCAACGAUUAAUCAAUGGAACUCGCCAAGUCGGUAUAAUUGAUCGUAAAGAUCGAACGUGCGGUUAUUGGAUUGUUAUCAUCUUGUUAUUUAUCAGCAUAAUUGCAGUUGCCGUAGUUUAAAAUUAGCAUAUAGAUGCUUAUAUUCACAAUAUAUAAUAAUCAGCACGGUAUAUUCAACACAUGUGAUAUCGAAAGUAAAAUUUGUGACAUUUCUUGUUCGCCCCUUGCUUCAGAUAAUCGAAAUGGCAACUUUACAAACAAUAUUGUAUAUACGAUUUCACACACUUUUCAAUUAGCACACUCGCAUUGGAAGUUUUCAAAAAUUUGUGAAAACCAUUGUACGCGGCUGUAAAGUAAAUCAAUUCGGUGCAGCCCAAUUAUUCUGUUUAUAAUUAGAUUUUAUGCUAUUAUUUGUAAAUAUAUUAUAGAUAUUUCUCUCGCCUGAAACUCUUUUCAUCGCAUUUCACUGGUCUUUUUCACCACAUUCAAAUAGUAGCCAGGUUUCAUUUAUCAGUGUAUCCCUGUUGGAAAAAGAAAUCGAACAUGUUAGUAUCGUUACAGAAUGGUUGAGAGUAUUUUGAGUUGACUGUCACUGAAAAGAAUAAACGAAAAUUAAACGUGUUGGGGAUCUAACACAAAGAAACGAAGGUCAUUCUUUGUGGAUUUGGUAAAUUGCAAUAUACAACAAGACUGAAUUAUGGGAGGAAAAAAAUUGCAGCAAGUCAGUCUUCCAGGAUAUUUUUUCUGUGAACUCUGCAUUUUAUGUGCAAUAACAAAAGAAUUGAAUUACUCAAUGGAUUGAGGAGUAAAUUUUGAGAUUGACCUUGUGAAUGACCUAGUGAAGUGUAAUUUUUUUUCUCUAAUGUACGAUAAGUAAUUUGUAGUAUUAUUGCAACAUCGACAGGCAAAAGCUGUCUACAAUAUAUGUACAUAAAAAAUUACUCCAAAUAUAUGAGUAUGUAUUUAUAUAUGUAUAUAUAUAAAUAUAAAGUACUUGACAUUCCAACAAAAAUUAGUGUUCCUUAUAAGCAUUUCAAUAGAAAUUGAGACAAUAUUGAUUCUAUAUGUUUAACACAGUUUACACAAUCAUCCAACUAUGCUAUUCAUUGUGGCACAUUGGCAAAAUGAAUAGUCCGUUUAUGAAUGCAAUUUAUAUUUAUUUUAUUUUUCAUUAACGAUAUGCUCCGGUACAACUUUAGCUACUUUGCGCAAUUCUUUGUUUAGGGUCUCCGGGCACUGCAUUUCCGUCCAACUUACAGGUACCAUAGAAACACCUGUAUAAAAAAAAAAAACGAGGAAUUUUCUACAUUAACCCUUUACUCAACAAAAUCCAUAAUUUCCAAAUAGUGAUAUUUUGUUUUCACAGCAACUAAUCUCAAUUCAAUCCUAAAAAGUACAAUAAAACUUCCAUUUCGAGUCUAAGGCGGUAAUUUUUCCAAACGAUUUCAUUUUGAUAAAUGAAGUGUAAAUAGUUAUGACACAAAAAUGAAAACCUGUAUUGUGCUGAUUUUUUGUUUUACAUAUCUUCAAACUGAGAGCUGAGAGCUAUUGAAUAUUUUAUAGCGUAUAUAUUCUUUGACAUUUUUCUACUGCUAUAAAAAAAUAAUUCUGCUUACCCUCUUCGCUGUGAGCGAUAACGACUCCCAAUUCGUUCUCGGCAGUGGAAAGCUGAUAAGUAUGGACUUCGGUGAGAGGUAACUAAAUUUUGCAUGGGAAAAGUAGCCAACUAUGAAACUGCGGUAUUGAUAACGAGCGGUAGAAAAAAAUUUUCAAAGAAAAAGGAUACAACUCUAGCCAGAAUAAUAUCUCCUGGUUUAAAAGAUUUGUACAUUUCAGUCUUAUCUUUUUCCGUAGCCCUGACGUCUUCUUUUCUUAAAAUGCCUCUGUAAGGUCUGGUCAAAACCACAUCCCCAAUGCAUUUUAUAACGCAUUUGCAAAACCUUUGAUUAACGACCAUUACCUCGGCUGUUACAAUGUCUCCGGGAGCUGGGACAAUGCUUUGUUCUCUUAUGCCGUGCACCUCGACUGUGCUCUUCUAUUGAUAAUAGAAAGUGAGAAAUGAUGUUUAAUCUGAAGGCAAGCGACUGUGAAAUAUCUUAAAACUUAUCGUACGUGUUCAUCUUUAACCAAGUUCACCACUCCUGCUAAUUUUGCAUAAAUAUAUCCGUGCUGCUCGUAAGUUCCCGGUCCUGGAACGUUUACUUUGUCCGACAAACAGAGCCUCUGACCUGGAUUGCAAUAAAAAUUUAUCAUGUGUCUUAACCACCUUUAAUUUGUAUACAAAUAAAACGUAAUUGAGGAUAGGACGGGCCAAUUCAUUAGGGACGUUUCUGCGUAGAAAACUUGGGAAAUGUUUAUCGAUUUCGUAAUUCAUUCAUCCUUACCUGGAACACACACUAUUGGCUCAUUUUUUUCGUCCAUUGCAGUUUUGAAUCUAUGUAAGUUUAUUCUUAUUUUUCAAAUUGCGACCACGGUGACAACAUGUGGAGCACGUUUGAAAUUAGGUUAGGUUAGGUUGUCCUAUUGUAAUUGGAUUGGUUGGAUUGUAAACAGAAUUUUGUCAGCCUCGAAAUGGCAAAUGAUCAAUUGAUCGAUAUGAUUUAAAUGUAAAUCGUUGUAAAUCAUCGUCACACCAAUCAUUUGGAACGUUGACUGACUUCGGUCAAGUCUCGGAAUACCGCGGAAAAGGGGUUAAGUAAUUAGCUCUUAAUACCUGAAUGACAAUGUUAAAAUUGUAAAGGUUGAAAAUAAUGAACAAUUCAAAAGUGCCACCUCCUUCAUUUCUACAAAUUAAUAAGUUUCCGUCAUCAAUGUUCGAAAUUCUAACAAUAGAAAAUUAUUCCAAUUUAUAAAUCUCGCAAGAUGUGAACCGAUUCCAAGAAAUCGUUGAUCAAAUUUGAUCGAGUUUCGUUGCGAUUGUUAAAAAUAAUUAGUGAUUAAAAUUUUUUAAAUUGCUCUCCCGCCAGUUUGUAUAACCGGAAGUCCGCGUUAAUUUGAAAAGGUUUCGUACAUUACUUCAGACCGCUCGAUGUUCUUCUGUUGUUUAAAAUUUAUGGUGCUUGCACUGAAAGUUUUACCCCACCAUACGCGGAAAAUCUGUUGAAUACUAACAGCAAGUCGCAUAAUUAACACAUAAUAUUUAUGACAGUUUAUUCGCUGCAACGCUACAACAUUACGUAAUUAUCAAAUGUACAUAUUAAUUAACAUAUUUCUACUUAUAACUUAAAAGUCACAGACUACAAAAACUAUUGAAUUGAACUAAAAGAAAGUCACCUGUAUAAACAAGUAAUGACAUGAUCAUAGAAGUAAUUGUUUGAAAAAAUGUAUACAGCGGGUUCGAUUAGUAUCUCAGAUACAUAUUUUCAAACGCAUUAUUAUGAUUAUAUAAUUAAUUACCUUCUUUAUUACACAUUGUUAUAUUAUACAAAAUAUAAGCUCGAUUCCAGGAGUCCACAUAGCUCACAAGUACACAUAAUAGGUAUAGUAAUAUCUAUUCAAUUGCGUUCCAAUGUACAGUUAUUUUGUUGAAUUACAUACUAUAUUAUUCACACACGUUGGAACAACAUCGUCACUUUGAGAUGCGUUGAAUACUUUUUUUUAUA